GGGUAAACGCUUUCCUUCAAAUCUUCUGACCUCAUCUUAAGCUUCAAAUUCCAUUACCAAGUCGAAGCUUCGGAUCCCUACUAAAUAUGAUAAUUUUUUACUUAGAGUAUUACAGCAGCAAAAAAGAGGCCCGUCUCUUACAUCAAUUCGGCAUCCUACACCACAUUUCUUGUUUGAUAAAAUGUCUAAAGCUAGUGUUCGAGACCAUCUUCUAUUCAUUUCAAUCCGCUGAUUGACUAUCUGUAAUUAGUGAUAUCGUAGCUUUCAAAACCUACCUCUUAUGUUACAAAAUUGUAACUCUACUCUCCAAAUAACAAUAACCAAGAGGUUUUUAACACUUGCCCAUCCAGUUCUCGCUCACGUAUACGACAGUCUGCCGUCGGGCUAUUAACUCACCGAAAACCCACGAGAACUAGUCAAGCUAGACCCCGCAAAUAGGAAUCCCUCGUGCUUCUCCAGGUUUUAGAGAGAUCCGGGUAAUUAGAGUCUCCACCAGUGGUUGCAGUCGAGCUCUUGUCCAGCCUUGGUACGGUGUUAUUGAUGUGCUAUAAUUUAUGUACUAUACUUGGUGAUAGCAUGGUAUGAUGGGUACAUCUAUAACCUAAGUAUAUAUAAAUUCUUAUUUCUAUGGUAAUUGAUAUCUUCCUACGAGUAUAGCUCUCGUCGUGCAUUGUAACAAUGUUAAGACAGAUCUUUACACUCUUGCUAGUAGCCCUCCAGGGCCUCCCAGCUACUUGCGAGAUUAACAGACGUAAAGUUGUUCGAUCGUUUAAUCCUCAUCGCAAUGCUAGCUCUAAGACUACCCCGUUGCAAGUUGGCAACGGCAACUUCGCGUUUGGGGCGGACGUAACGGGUCUUCAGACUUUCAGCCCCUUCGCGACAAUGUCUACUUGGGGUUGGCAUAACUUCAGUCUUCCAACCACCGGCGGUCAAACUUCAAUAGAUGAUUUCACGGGCGUGGACUGGUAUACCCAUGGUCGACUGGUCAAUUACAACCAGCCCAACCCAGCACAGAGCGAAAUAUCCAACUGGCUAAUCCAAAAUCCUCAACGUAUCAACUUAGGGACGAUUGGGCUCUGGUUUGGCGAAGAUAAUGUGACCGAAGAACUACUAGAAGACAAGUCUCAGAUACUCGACCUCUGGACGGGGAAAAUCUCAUCUUCUUUCACUUAUAACAAGGCUCCUGUUGAGGUCGAGACAUGGGCAGAUGCAAGUUCCGACACAGUCAGCAUUUCCAUAGAGUCGAAACUCUUCUGUACAGAAUCUCUAGAUAUAUUCUUCGACUUUCCUCUACCGACGCGGAACAAAUUUGACGCCCCCUUUGUUGGUGUUUUCAACGCUACCGAUAAGCAUACUACCACACUACAGCGCGGAGAAAACACAGCAAUUAUUCGGCAUGAUAUCGAUGACUCUUCGUACUAUGUUUCGAUUGCGUGGGAUUCUCCUGCUAAAAUUUCCGGGCCGAUUGAGGGGACUCAUCGUUAUAUACUACAUCCAUUACAGGAAACUAAGAGGGUUAAGUUAUCUGUAACCUUUUCUCUGACUCCGAGCACGCAUAUACCGUCUUUCGGCGAUGUUACGUCUGCAUCUACAUCUUGGUGGGAGUCUUUCUGGAACUCUGGCGCUUUCAUUGAUUUGACAGGAGUCGAGUCUCCCAAUGCCACAGAGUUGCAACGGAGAACGAUAUUAUCUCAAUAUCUUACAGCUGUUAACUCGGCUUCCUCAUAUCCACCACAGGAAUCUGGCUUGGUAAAUAACGGAUGGUAUGGCAAGUUCCAUCUCGAGAUGAUAUUGUGGCAUCUCCUCCACUUCGCUCGAUGGAAUCAAUUUCCGCUGCUAUGGCGUAGCCUUCCGAACAUGUAUUCCGAAUACUUGGAUUCAUCAAUCGAGCGAGCGACACUCCAACACUACCAAGGUGCUCGCUGGGGCAAGAUGACCGACCCUACCGGAAGGUCAGCCCCCGGAGAAAUCAACUCGCUGCUUAUCUGGCAGCAGCCUCAUCCGAUGUACUUCGCCGAGAUCGAGUACAGGUCUUUCCCUAACGAGACAACGCUAAAGUCCUGGGAUAAGAUCCUCACUUCUACCGCUGACUUCAUGGCAUCAUACGCCUUCUUCAACGAAUCGACCACCCUCUGCGAUCUAGGACCGCCUAUGUACCCGGUCUCAGAGAAUACCAACCCCAAUGCGACAAUUAACCCUGCGUUCGAGCUGGCCUACUGGCGGUUCGGCUUGGACAUCGCUAUCAAAUGGAAACAAAGACAGAACCAAACAGCACCUCGUAAAUGGGUUGACAUACGAAAUAAUCUAGCGCCACUGCCUAUCGCAGAUGACGCAUUCGCCGUGUACGAGGGUAUUCCGAACAUGUGGAACGGCACCACCGUCCAAGAUCAUCCGGCAUUGUCCGCAAUCUUUGGCCUGCUUCCCCCGCCAAGUAGCGGGCCGCCUCUAAACAUGACGAUCGUGAAGAACACAGCAGAUAAGAUUCGGGAUCUCUGGGACUUGGAGGACUGCUGGGGUUGGGAUUUUCCGAUGCUGGCUAUGAACUCUCUUCGCCUCGGGGACAUUGAUCAGGCUGUAGCGUAUCUACUCCACCCCCUUUUUGAGUUCGACGAUGCCGGGUAUCCCGUUGGAGGGUCGCGGGUGCCGACCCCCUAUUUCCCGGGAUCGAGUUCGUUCUUGUUGGCUAUGGCUAUGAUGGCGGGGGGUUGGGACGGUGAGCCUGGGGCGCACUUCCCUAAGGGCUGGGACGCUCAAGUCGAAGGUUUUGUGCCUGGUCUGUGAUUAUUAGGGUAGCUAGAAAGGGGUCGUGUAGGUUUAUAUCCUACAAGUCAAUAUAAAACCGUUAUAUUGAAAUCGAUGUCCUCUUAAGAUAACAUUGCAUAGUUCGUUCUACAGUCUACUAUUAUAUGGGCUAUAUUGGGUGAGUGUAUAUGAAUAAUCCUCC